CACACGACUGCUGGCGAGUGCGCGUGCGAUUUGAAAAAGUGUGUGUUACGGCUAUUCACAAGCAAGCAAGCGCGUGGUGGAUCGUGGUCAGUUGUAGAGUGCUUUGUUGGCGCGAGCAAGAUUUAUAGCUGUCCAGGAUGUCGUGGCUCCUGGGCAAUCAGUACAGAAAUCAACAGCCGCCGCAAUUCCCACCACCAACGGAUGGAACUGGUGGAGGUGGUGCUGGUGCCGGUUCACCCGGCGGAGGAGGUAGCGGAGAGCCGCCGUCGAAGGCGACCAAAGCUCAAAUGGAUGCUUAUAGAUUCGACUCGAGUGCCCUUGAGAGAGCUGCUGCUGCAGCUAGGGAACUCGAACGUUCUGCUCACGCCAAAGAAGCGCUGGAACUGUCUAAACUGCAAGAGGCAACGAGACAAACGGAGUUACAAAGUGAGCUGAAAAAAUAUGAGGCGGGUAUCGAGCAGAUGAAAGCCGAGCAGAAGCGAGUCGAAGGCGAGGAGCGCAGAAAAACCAUGCAAGAAGAAACAAAGCAGCACCAAAUGCGAGCACAGUACCAGGACCAAUUGGCAAGGAAACGAUAUGACGAUCAAUUGAUACAGCAACAACGAAUGAACGACGAAAAUCUACGACGCCAAGAGGAGUCUGUCGCUAAACAAGAAGCGAUGAGGAAAGCAACGAUAGAACACGAAAUGGAAUUAAGGCACAAGAAUGAAAUGAAGAAAUUGGACGCAGAACUGAGAGCCAAGGCGAAAAUUGACAGGGAGAACCAAGACUUGAAUUUGGAGCAAAUCAGACUAAAAGCCACUGAACACAGAACUACCGUAAUGGAAUCGAUAAAAACUGUCGGCUCGAUUUUAGGCUCGGGCGCGUCAUCAUUGCUCAGCGACUGGGACAAAAUUAUGGCGGGAGCAGGUGGUUUGUCGCUCGUCGCUCUCGGCAUUUACACUGCCAAAGGUACUACUGGAGUUGCCGCAAGAUACAUCGAGGCACGUCUCGGAAAACCAUCUCUCAUUCGUGAAACUUCACGUUUCUCUGCUAUCGAUGCUCUCAGACAUCCCAUCAAAGCGGUGCAAAAGCUCAAAAUUAAACAACAGGAUGCGCUGCAAGGCGUCGUGCUUGCGCCAAAACUCGAAGAGAGGUUACGCGACGUUGCCAUUGCUACCAAGAACACGAAACAGAAUCGUGGAAUGUACAGAAAUGUCCUUAUGCAUGGACCUCCAGGAACCGGUAAAACAAUGUUUGCCAAACGUUUGGCACAACACUCAGGAAUGGAUUACGCAAUCCUGACAGGUGGUGAUUUGGCUCCACUUGGUCGAGAUGGUGUAACGGCCAUUCACAAGGUCUUCGAUUGGGCAUCGACGUCGCGCAAAGGUUUACUGCUCUUCAUCGAUGAAGCCGACGCAUUCUUGCGCAAGCGUUCCAGCGAACACAUAAGCGAAGACCUGCGAGCGAUGUUGAAUGCCUUUCUUUAUCGUACGGGUGAGCAAAGUAGCAAGUUCAUGCUGGUCUUGGCUUCAAAUACACCCGAACAGUUCGAUUGGGCUGUAAACGAUCGUCUAGACGAAAUGGUUGAGUUUUCACUUCCUGGCCGAGAUGAGCGUGAAAGACUCAUAAGGUUGUACUUCGACAAGUUCGUGCUACAGCCAGCUACUGAAGGCAAACGUCGACUCAAGCUUGCCCAAUUUGACUACGGUGCGUUGUGCAAAACGAUGGCUGACAUGACCGAAGGCAUGUCUGGUAGAGAAAUUUCGAAACUAGGUCUAGCGUGGCAAGCGGCUGCUUACGCCUCUGCCGAUGGUGUACUUACAGAGCAGAUGGUCGUCGAGAAAUGUACUGAGGCUGUCAAACAGCACAGACAGAAGGUGCAAUGGCAAAGUGAACAAGAGAGGGCAGAAUCCAAAUCGAUUUAUGCAAGUGAAAAGGAUCAAUCGGUGAUGCACGUUAGAAAAAACGUUUCUGCCAUCGAGCCUGCACCCGAACAUGAAUCCAAAUUACCCGAACAGGAGUCCAAGUCAGUAGCGGCCAGUGCUUGAACUUACUGUUCAUAUCAAUAAUAGGAAACCCGAAACAUUGUAAAAAAAUAUUGAAUAUUACUCUCUGCAGUGAUGGAAUGAGCAAAUGAACUAUUAUGUGGCUCUAUUGGCUGUUCACUAUAUUUUCAAUUUCUUUAACAUAUUUUUUUUAAAUGAUAUCACCUUUUGCAUACUGGAGAAUUUCGUUUAAGUAAAUUCAUUUGUAUUUAUAUGUAAUGAAUAUCGAGCUUAGAACGAAAAAGAUUCCACUAUUGUAAUGCACAAUCACCUACAUGUAAUCCUACAUAGGUACUGAGUUUUUAUCAUUCCUAGGAUUUUGCCAUUUCAAGAUAGUUUUGGACUAUUUUUAUUUGGUUGAUGACAUUUAAAAGUAGGUAUGAAAGUAGUAUUUUAUAAUUGACAAUACUUUGGCAUGGAUAAAAACUCAGUAACAUUGUACUAUACUUACUUUCGCGCAAAUAUGUCUUAAUUCUAUUGAAACGUUAUUUUGUUAUAAAAAACAUGUAUAAAUGUUUUAUUCGAAUAUAAACUCAUGGUUGAGCUGCUUUUUCUUAAAAAUAAAAGUGGUUUCACAAUUUUUAAGCCAUUUUUAUUCCACCUCGAAACGUGUAAAUUUUAAAAGCUGUAAUAUAGUUUUUGUUUUAUAAAUAAUAAAGUUAAAAACAAAAAUAACUGUUGAAA